AUGGGCGAGCCACUAACAAACGUCCUAACCGACAUUCUCAAAGUUGAAGGCAUCGAAGAAGCCUUUAGUUGCUUUCUAGUGCACCGCCCCAGUGCCGAAAAGGAAAAGGUGGCUGUAUGGCAACAAGAGUUGAACACAGCCCUGCGGAGCAUCCCCCAGGAGCAGCUAGACACCGCCCUUCGCCAGUACCUCAACACUGCUGUACUAUGUUCCCAAAGCAAGCUCCAGCUCUUGAUGGAGCUCCUGGAAAGUGUCGUGCGCAACGGUACCAUUGGGGCCCGUAUCGUGUGUGAGGUGGUGAUGAAUUUCGAUAAACUACAACACACCAAUGCGCGGUUCUGGAUCGAGUGCUUUAAACUCGUGCGGAAAAUUAUAGAUUUGGUUGAAUACAAGGGCGUUCGCGAAAUUAUGAAAGGAUGUUGCGAGAAGGCGAAAAGUCUCCCCUGGCGCUUGAACGCGGGCUUGCAGCCCCAAACCCAGGCUCUUUUAAGCGUCGCUGAACGAAUCAUGGACAGGAACGCGUGCCUCCUGCCUGGCUAUCUCCUAGUGAACGAGCUCCAGAAGGCCUACCCUGACUGCCCCCACUGGCGCCUUGCUGCCCUCUUCUCCGAUUACGUUGGCAGUUUUCGGGCCUGUGCCCAAAUGGUGGCUAUCGUAGGCCAGGCGGAAAUGCGGCCAGUUGUGGAGCACAGCGGCUGUCCCGAACACUUGGUCAAUCCCUGGAAACUUGACCCGUGCACGUUGCGAUUCUCGCUUAAGGGCACUUUACCGUACGCUCCCGAAUUACUAGAGAAGCAAACCGGUUUAUUACGAUACGUUCUGGAACAGCCGUACAGUCGCGACAUGGUGUGUGGCAUGUUAGGGUUGCAGAAACAGCACAAGAGACACUGUGCCGCCCUUGAGGAACAACUGGUCGAGUUGGUGAUUUUGGCGCUGGAACGCACGGAAAAUGAGGGCGAUGAGAGCGCCACUCAAGGGUUAUGGCUGCACUUGUCGUCCCAGUUAAUUUAUUUUGUUCUUUUCCAAUUUGCGAGUUUCCCAAACAUUGUUAUAUCGUUGCAUUCGAGACUGCAAGGGCGCGACUUGCGGAGAGGGCGCGACCAACUCAUGUGGGUCCUCUUGCAGUUUAUUUCCGGUUCGAUUCAGAAGAACCCCCUCUCGAAUUUCCUCCCAGUUUUGCGGCUUUACGAACUGUUGUUUCCGGAACAGGAGCCCCCUUUGCCCGUUCCGGACUUCAACCAGCCCCAGUGUACGAGACAGAUGGCAAUGACGUGCAUUUGGAUCCACUUGACUAAGAAAGCGCAAGCCGAAAUGACCAACUUGACUUGGCCAAUUCCCGCCAAACUACGCAACCAUCAUGAUUUCCUCCAACAGUUGGUGCCCCCUAAUAACACCGUGUUAGCGAUGGGAAAUGACUACAGAAUCGCCUUGUUGUGCAACGCCUACUCAACGAACCCCGAUUAUUACAGUAAGCCAAUGGCAGCGCUAGUUGAGACGAUCCAAGGGAGCCCCAAAUCAACAGCCCCACCUACCGCGCCUUUAAGCAUGGCCGUCUUGGACUCAUUAACUGUGCAUUCGAAAAUGAGCUUAAUCCAUAGUAUUGUCACACACGUGAUUAAACUAGCACAGGCCAAGUUAGGAAUGCCACUAUCACCAGCUUUGGUGGAAACGUACAGUCGCCUGUUGGUGUACACCGAGAUCGAAUCGUUGGGCAUCAAAGGGUUCAUAAGCCAGUUGUUGCCAACCGUAUACAAGUCACACGCUUGGGGCACCCUUUACACACUUCUGGAGAUGUUUAGUUAUCGGAUGCACCACAUCCACCCCCACUACCGUGUCCAGUUACUCAGCCACUUGCAUUCGUUGGCAGCGGUGCCGCAAGCCAACCAAACCCAACUGCACUUAUGUGUCGAAUCGACCGCUUUGCGUCUAAUCACGGGGCUGGGCAGUGGCGAAGUUCAGCCCGAACUGAGCCGCUUUUUAGCCGAACCCAAGACGUUAAUUUCGGCGGAAUCGGAAGAGUUGAAUCGGGCGCUGGUUUUGACCCUAGCUAGGGCCACGCACGUGACGGGGGCCGACGGCUCGUGGUGUCACGAGUUGCUGGCGACCAUUGCACAAAGUACCCCCCAUGCGUGGGCCCCCCACACCCUCGAAUGCUUCCCCAGGGCUCUGGCCGAGUUUUUCACGCAACAUGCCGUCCCUAAAGAAAACAAACAACAAUUGAAGAAAGCAGUGGAGGAGGAGUACCGGAAGUGGUCGUCCAUGAACAACGAAAAUGACAUGAUGGCGCAUUUUGGGGUUGCGGGAGCGCCCCCACUUUUCCUCUGUUUGUUGUGGAAAAUGCUCCUCGAGACUGAUCACAUCACGCCAAUUGCCUACAAAAUCCUGGAGAGGAUUGGGGCAAGGGCGCUUUCGGCCCACUUGAGGAAGUUUUGUGAUUGUCUCGUGUUCGAGUUUAGUAACAGUCCUGGGGGGCAACAUGUUAACAAAUGCGUGGAUACGAUCAAUGACAUGAUCUGGAAGUACAAUAUUGUGACAAUCGAUCGGUUGGUCUUGUGUUUGGCGCUGCGGACGCAGGAAGGGAGCGAGGCUCAAGUCUGUUCGUUCAUCAUCCAGUUGGUGUUGCUUAAAGCUACAGAGUUUAGGAAUCGGGUGCAGGAUUUCGUCAAAGACAACUCGCCCGAUCAUUGGAACCAGACCAACUGGCACGAGAAACACUUGGAGUUUCACCGGAAAUACCCCGAGAAGUUUGCCCCCGAGGAACAGUCAAGUGGUUACCACCCCUAUUUUGGCAACGUGUGUUUGCGCUUUUUGCCGGUUUUUGAUAUAGUGGUGCACCGGUUUUUGGAAAUACCGCAAGUCACCAAAAGUUUGGAGAUUCUGUUAGAACACUUGGGUUGUUUGUACAAGUUUCAUGACCGUCCGGUCACUUAUUUGUACAACACUUUGCACUAUUACGAGACUAGGCUUAGGGACCGUCCACCUUUGAAACGACGGUUGGUGGCUGCUGUCUUAGGGACACUCAAAGACAGUCUUUCGGAGCCCUACCAACUGUACCUCGGACGAGCUGCUGACGAGAUGUGGACCCCCGAACUGGACUAUUACAUACAAGUGGUCAAGCGAGUCGUUGAUAUUCUAGGGGGCGCCACUGCCAAUUCCGUAAUUGAUUGGCGGUUCAAUGAGUUCCCAAACGCCGGGGCUCAUAUUCUUUACACCAGCUGUGUGGAACUGAUGGCGUUGUCCGCCGGUCCGGUGGCCGUAGCCAACGGUUUGCUAGACGUCGUGGCCAAAGGCUAUGUCACAAUUCCCUCGUCAGACAUCCACCAGUGGGUCAAUGCUGUUGGUUUAAUUCUGGCAGCGCUUCCAGUUAGCUACUGGAGUGUUCUACACGAUCGACUUGUGGCCACGUUAAACGAGCUAGAAACGUGGAAUUUUGACUGUUCUCCCUUCCGUUUGUUCGAUUUCAAAGAAACCCACGCUGGGCUUUUGCAUAAUAAUUUUAGUUAUAUGCUAGCUUUGGCUCAUUCGGUUUGGCAUCACGCUGGUCCGGGGCAGAUCGCCAGUGUGCCCCGAUGGGCGCGUGAGUGUUUACCGGCUGUGGUACGGUCCGAAGAACAGUUUCUCUAUGUUUGUCAUCUUGUGGGGCCCUUUUUGCAACGGUUUAACGUGGCAAUAGUGGAAUUGACGAGUGCUUUGUACGAACUGUUGGCACAAGUUGACCACGCGCACAGCGAGUUGAAAUAUAUGGACCCGAUCUGCGAUCUCUUGUACCACAUUAAGUACAUGUUUGUGGGGGAUAGCAUGAAGAAGGAGUUGGAGACUGUGGUGCGCCGGUUAAGACCGCCUUUGCAAAUGAGGUUGAGGUUUAUCGCACAUUUGGCGAUUGAGGAAGUUAAUGCAUCGUAACUCACUUGUAUUAUGUUUUUACAUUUACGUAAAUACAUUUUUAUAAAAAAAUAAAAAACUUAAUCCGA